CCAUCUGUGAACAGAUAAUAAAACCGGCAUCACGUGAGACUUGGCCCAUGGCUGCCCCAUCGUCUUCCGUGUGAUUCUCUGUUCCUGUUGCCAUCUUCGAACGACUCGCUUCACCUUUUCCAAGUCUCACUUCCUUGACUCUACGACUCCAGUACAAGCAGUCACGACAUGUCUGGGAAAGAUCGGAUACCACUUUUCCCUUCGAGAGGGGCUCAAACUCAAAUGAAAGCACGUCUGAAAGGCGCACAGACUGGCCACAGCCUUCUGAAGAAGAAGGCAGAUGCCCUACAACUCCGACUGAGGCUGGUUCUUUCCAAAAUAAUUGAUACAAAAGUUUUGAUGGGGGAUGUGAUGAAAGAAGCAGCCUUCUCUCUUGCUGAAGCGAAGUUUACUACUGGAGAUUUCAACCAAGUGGUGCUUCAGAAUGUCACAAAGGCUCAAAUCAAAGUGAGGAGCAGGAAGGACAAUGUUGCAGGUGUGCACUUACCUGUGUUUGAGAGCUACCAGGAUGGUGCAGAUACAUAUGAAUUGGCUGGAUUGGCCCGUGGUGGGCAGCAACUUGCAAAGCUGAAGAAAAACUAUCAAAAGGCUGUUGCUCUUCUUGUGGAUCUUGCUUCACUCCAGACAUCAUUCAUCACUCUUGAUGAGGCCAUCAAAGUUACCAACAGAAGAGUCAAUGCCAUUGAACAUGUGAUCAUUCCUCGAAUUGAAAGAACUUUGUCCUACAUCAUCUCAGAACUGGACGAGUAUGAAAGAGAAGAAUUCUAUAGGUUGAAGAAGAUCCAAAAUAAGAAGAAGAGAAUGAAGCAGGAAGCGGAGAUUGAAAAGGCUAUUCGCAAGGCAAAAGGCAUCAAUUUUGAUCAUGCUGCCAAUAUCUUGGAAGACAACGAGGAUGAAGACCUUCUGUUCUAAUGCACAUGCACCUAGAUGUCUUCCCAGGCUUCACGUGAAACCUUCAUUGAGAACUAUUAAGUCCCACUAUUCAUUGAAAUGCAAGUUGGGAAACAGUGAAGCCCAGAGUCACAUUCCAACUUAGUAAUUUGUUCAUUCUUUAUUGAAGAUAUUCAUGAGUCUAUCUGCUGUUAAUUUCUUGAUACCCUUCCAUUUGACAUGCAUUUGGUUGUAUCCAAAAAUUGUCAUCCUGAAACUUGCAUAAUAGUGAUAUGCAAAGCAGAGUUUAGUUUAACUCACAAACUAGGUUCUAUUAUUAAAAAAAAAACCUGCUGUGGAAGGUUGGUAGCAUUUUCCAUGAGAUUAUUUCUGUUGUGAUAAGGCUUGAAAUUCACGGAUCUGGAUGGGUGACAUGAAUGUUGAGUGUCCUAUAGUAUUAGGAGUAGGCCUAUAUAUCGUAGAGUGCUAUGUAUUGCAUAAUUCCUCUGCAUUAAAGGAUUUAUGAAUGUAAA